UUUCAUUUUAUUAGCAUCAAACUUUAAUCUCUGCUCUCAAUCUUUCUUCUUUAUUUUCAAUUUCACCCCUCAAUUUCUAAAAAAACUAACAACUAGAUCCAUCAAUUUCUGAAGAAAAAUAAAACAGUAGCUAGCUAUGGAGAUGUCGCCAUUGCAAAAACCUGGUCUAGUGAAGAAGACAAUGUCAAAAAAUGCAAGAAAAAUAUGGAAGUUUAAGCUUACUGUUACUUGGAAAGCUUUCAAGAACGCUUUUGCAAAAAGGUUUCGUCGUCGUUUAAGCCCUAAAACUAAAACCAACGUCAAACAGCUUUCCGCCGUGAAAACUCAUCAACAACCGCCGCCUCAAACAAUCAAGAAUAACUCUAGCCGUCGUCCCCGGAAGACACUAGCAAAGCUUCUCUAUGUGCCUUAUACGGCGUCAGAUUUUCUCGACAAAGGCGACGAAAUGACUCCAACAAUCUCUCCUAAACAGAAUAUAUCCGCAAUAUGGCAGGAAUUACACGGCUCUUCCAACUGGGAAACUCUUCUCGAUCCGCUCCAUCCUUGUCUCCGACGAGAGAUUCUCAAAUAUGGAGAGUUCGUCGGAGCAACUUACGAUGCCUUCGAUUUCGAUCCGUUAUCCGAAUAUUGCGGCAGUUGUAGGUUCAACCGUCACAAGAUGUUUCAAGAAUUAGGGCUUACAAAACACGGUUACAAUGUCACAAAAUACCUCUACGCCAUGUCACACGUUGACGUGCCGGAUUGGUUCGAAAAAAUAUACACUACAUGGAGCAAAGAUUCAAAUUGGAUGGGGUACGUGGCUGUGAGUGACGAUCAAGAAUCACGAAGAAUUGGACGUCGAGACAUAGUCGUGGCGUGGCGUGGGACAGUGGCCCCAACCGAGUGGUUCUCCGACCUUCGAACGAGCCUCGAGUAUUUCGACGAAGAACACGAAGAAAAGAAAAUUAACAUUAAGGUACAAGAAGGGUUUCUAUCAAUUUACAAACAUAAAGAUCAAGAAACGAGAUACAAUAAACAAAGUGCUUCGGAGCAAGUUAUGCAAGAAUUGAAAAGAUUAGUUAGCCAUUAUAGAGAAUUCUAUGGCGAGCAAAAGAUUAGCUUGACGGUCACGGGUCAUAGCUUAGGUGGUGCAUUAGCACUUCUUACAGCAUACGAGGCUGCAAUUACAAUCCCUAAUAUUUUCAUUAGUGUCAUAUCAUUUGGCGCACCGAGGGUUGGUAACUUACGAUUCAAGGAAAAGCUUAACGAGCUCGGAGUCAAGACACUUCGCGUGGUGGUCAAGCAAGAUAUAGUCCCGAAACUUCCGGGGAUCAUAGUGAACAACAUUAUCAACAAGAUCAGCAAAAUCACUCGAAAAUUGAAUUGGGUUUACCGACACGUAGGAACGCAAUUAAAACUCGAUAUGGACACAUCACCUUACUUGAAGCGCGAUGCUGACAUGUCAGGCUCGCAUAACUUGGAGGUUUAUCUUCAUCUAUUGGAUGGGUUUAUGGGGAAGAAAAUGAAAUUUAGAUGGAAUGCGAGGAGGGAUUUGGCAUUGGUGAAUAAGAGUAGUGAUAUGCUGAUUGAAGAGCUGAGAAUACCAGAAUUUUGGUACCAAAUGCCACAUAAAGGACUCGUUUUGAACAAAUAUGGUCGAUGGAUUAAGCCUUGUAGGGAAGUUGAAGACAUUCCUUCUCCAUUUAGUACUCAAGUUUCCAAGCAUGAGCUUUCAUUUUAGAUUUGUAUGUCAAAAUUACAUUUUUUCAAUUUUUAGUAUUAAUUAAGAUCAGUGUAAAGGAUUUGAUUACUCAGAAUAUUUGAUUGAUUAAGAAGUUCCAAUUAAUUAUUUUUUA